GCCUUUUUUAUUUAUUUGGAGGUUAGAAACCACAAUUUUGAAUAAAUUUCGAAUAGCUGGUCACUUUUUUAGAUCAAUUAAGUUUUUUCUGCCUACUUACCUGUCAUAUCAUCGCUUGUUGUAAAUCAAGAGUGUGCCUUUUUCGUGGUAGUUUCAUUUGCGUUUGUUUUCAAUCGGGGAGGUGUCAUAUUGUGGUGUGAGUAUCUAAAGUACCUCAAAUAUGCCGGAGUAUCCUAAUCAGGAGUCUGCUGAAGGCGGGCGCUCAGUGAGGCUUACCAAUGAUGAUUUUCGGAAGCUUUUGAUGACACCUAGGUCAUCAGCUCCCUCAUCAUUCCCAACCUCAUCAGUUGUUAACCAGUUUAAGGAGGCUCAGGCUGAAGAGCCCAAAAAGUUUCCAGAAGAUGUUGCGCAAGAAGAUGAUAAAGCUGAAAGACGGAGGAAGAAGAAAAGUUUCUACGCGAAACUCAAGAAGCAAGAGGAGGACAAAAUGGCAGAGCUUGCUGAAAAAUACCGUGACCGAGCAAAGGAGCGGCGAGAAGGAGCAAACCCUGACUACCAAGCAGAAGAUCCGUUGGCCUCCGCAAGUGGUUAUCGUGCCGUGGCGCCUGAUUUGAAAUCUGGUAUGGAUGCAGCUGAAAGAAGACGUCAAAUGAUUCAAGAGUCUAAAUUUUUGGGUGGUGACAUGGAGCACACUCACUUGGUCAAAGGGCUUGAUUAUGCGCUUCUUCAGAAAGUCCGAAGUGAAAUUGAAAUGAAAGAGCAGGAACAAGAACAAGAGAUGGAACAGAUAAUCAGCAAACCACGGAAAGAGAAAAAGGUAGAGGAAGAGGAAAUGCAAUUCAAAACAAGACUUGGAAGGAAUGUUUAUCGUACGAUCAUGGGCACCAAGGAAAUUAAAAGGAAUGAUCUAUUCGCCCCACAGAGAAUGGCCUACGUCAUUGACAUACAAGAUGAAAUUGCUGACACAGACAUCCCUAUGACGUUAAUUAGAAGUAAAGCGGAUAUUCCUAAUCUAGAAGAAAAACCAACUCUUACAACUAAUGAUAUCGUCAUCAAUAAAUUAGCGCAAAUUCUUUCUUACUUGAGACAAGGACCUCGGCACUCGAAAAAAUCUAAGAAGAAGGAAAAAUCUCAGGUUGAAGAGAAUAUAUACCCAGAGGUUGGUGACUACAAUCCAUCGCUUGUUAAAAGUGAAUCAUCAGGAAAGAGAAAAACAUCUAAUUACUUCAGUUCCACUGAUCGUGAGAACGAGCUACAACAACAGAGCCUUGAUAGACAAGAAGAGCGGAAGAAAAUACUGCGAGGUGUUGCAGCAAAAGAAGAGGGUGGAAAACAAUCAGGACUUCUCUCUCGUCUUGCUGCAGAGCCAACUGGUUAUGCCGAAUGCUAUCCAGGUUUGGAGGAGAUGCAAGACGCUAUUGAUGACUCAGAUGAUGAGGUUGACUUCACAAAAAUGGAUCUUGGUAACAAAAAAGGCCCUGUUGGAAGAUGGGACUUUGACACCACUGAAGAGUACAGCAACUAUAUGAAUAGCAAAGAGGCUCUACCAAAGGCUGCAUUUCAAUAUGGUGUCAAAAUGGCUGAUGGCAGACGCACAAGGAAGUACAAUAAAGAGAAGAACGAUCGUGCUGAGUUAGACAGAGAAUGGAAUAAAAUUCAGAACAUAAUUCAGAAGCACAAACCUGACUCUUCCAGCAAAGAUUCUGAUGGACCUGCAUUUAAGAUCCCUCGAUAUGCCUAAAACUUCUUUGGUAAUUGUAAGUACAUCUCUCUCAGCCCUCUUAAUAUGUAUUGUAUUCCCUCAGUU